AUCUCAAAUUCAGUAUCCUCAUCACCCCUAAUGAAGUUUACCCUCAUAUCGAAAUCGAUGACCCUACCAAAAACCCUGAAGCCUUUCGUGCAACAAUCUCAUUCAUUGAAGGUGACCCUCGUGUAGAUUGUAAAAUUCCCGAUGGAAUCGAAUCGAAUGUUUAG